UUCCUUCUCUCAGACUCUACUCUCAUCAGCACACUACUAUUCUAUCUGAAUUCAGUUUAAUCUUGAAAACACAAAAUCAUGGCUGACCAACCAAGAACUGCAGGUCCCUACUAUGGUUCCUCCCAUGGAACCUCCUAUGGACCACCCUAUGGAAGUACCAAUGAGUCCAACACCAGCAGCUACAACAACUCUAUUUCACGUCAAACAGUCAAGUUCAUAACUGCUGUUACUAUUGGCAUCUCACUCUUGCUCUUGGCUGGGUUGAUCUUCACAGGUACUGUCAUAGGGUUGAUAGUUGCAACUCCUCUUCUUGUGAUCUUCAGCCCCAUCCUUGUCCCAGCAGCUUUUGUGUUGUUUCUAGUUACUUCCGGAUUUUUGUUCUCUGGCAGCUGUGGUGUGGCUGCCAUUGCUGUUUUGUCUUGGAUUUACAACUACGUGUCUGGGAACCAGCCUGCAGGUUCUGACACCCUUGACUAUGCAAAAGGGUAUCUUGCUGAUAAGGCUAGGGAUGUGAAGGAGAGGGCAAAAGAUUAUGGAAGCUAUGCUCAGGGUAAAAUUCAGGAGGCUACACAGGGAGCUUAUUAAUCAUGCAUGCCUAUGCAAGUUUGUAUGAGGCUGAACUGAAUGGAGGGAAGGGGUGCCCUUGUGGAUGUGCAAUGCUUAUGUAUUAUAAGGCUUAAUUGAAGGGAGUUAUCGUCCCCUUGUGAAUGUGCAUGUUCAAGUUCUACUAUUAAUUUGAAUUUUGUUUGCAGCGUUCAAUGUUGUUUUGCUUUUGUUGUUUUGCUGUUUUGCUUUUGUUGUUUUGCUGUUGUAUGUCGUAUCUUUCCCCUUAUUCUAGUUAUAUUUCCCUUAUUUUAGUUAUAUUCGUGUAAUCAUCAUCUUAAUAAAUCUCUUCUGCAACUAUAUAAGUAGUUCCUCCUC